GAAUUAAAGAGAGGAGUUUUUCUUUGCACUUGUCUCGUUUUUUAUUCUGAUCUUAGAUGUCGGCUCGCGUUCCCAGGCCAUCUUCUAGAAGGAGUGUAUUUGCACCUAACCUAAGCGGCCAGGCUCCGUCUAGGAAAACCUGCUCUGUUGUUUCAUCAAUGAAUGUGCAUACUGCCGCUCCAGCGAGUGAUCGAAAACCACUCUUUAGUAUAUCUGAAGAACACAAACUCGAACUGAGGAAAGCUUUCGACAUGUUUGAUACACAGGGGAUAGGCCGCAUCCAGGCGCGCGAAGUCAAGGUAGCCUUCUAUGCCCUUGGCUAUGAUGUUACAGAUGGGGAGCUGAGACAGCUUUUGCAGGAUGUUCAUGCGAAGCUUUCUGGAGGUGACGAUAUGGUCGAUUUCAAUGAAUUUUUCAGCGUACUGACUCGAAAGAUGACUUCCCGAGAAUCGAGGAUUGAACCUUUGCGUGCUUUUAAGCAAAUUGAUGAGGAUGACAAGGGGUAUAUAUCACUGGAGGACUUGCGAAAAAUUGCACAAUCACAGCAUCUAGACCUCACGGAUGAUGAGCUUAUGGAAAUGAUUCUCUUUGCACAUACUAUGCCCUCUGGUAUGCAGCAAUCCGUAGCCUUCAGUGGUAGCAACCGCACGAGUUCUGCUGGGUUUGAUACGAGAGAGAUGGCUGUCGUCACAGAAGAGGAGUUCUUAAAGUUGAUGCAGCAGGCAGAGUCUUAUUUAUCCUAGCCAUAGGGUGAAUGAUUCGACUUAAGCGGAAGUCUACUCGCUUUCGUAGUUUCAAAUUACCACCUGUUUCAAAUGUAAACUAUAUAUAUUCGAACGUAUGCUUGGUGAAUUAUUACGAUCGAGA